GUGACGUCACGGCAGCCACUGUUUUGAACCCCUAGAGCGCACGAGCGCGUCUUAGCUCCAGUGCUAAUAAAAUGGAUUAUUCUUCAAGCUUAUUUCCCAGACAGUUGUUGCAUAUGAUUGGCGUGGUUUAAAGAUUAAGCAGCACUCACUUAAGGCAGGAAUUUGCACUCGAGCGGAAAUGUAGUCAGAGAGGCAGCUCGGGAGGCGGAAGUGAUGUUAGAGCAGCAGUCUGCUCCGUCCAUGUUAUUAUUGUUAUUUUGGCUGUGUGAUGGUUCACGGACGGCGGCCAGCCCGGGAUUCCUCCGGUUACCAGCGCGUACACGAACGGCUAGAAGGCCACACGUUACAGCUGCGCGUCUGUCUCACGAUAGUUUGAUCGCCAGAGUUGACAAAACGCGCAAACGUCGCUGUGCGCAGCGCUCGCCGAGGACUGUCUUUAUUAUUGACACUGCAACAGACAUGAACGGCAUCACCAAGGGCAGAUUUGAGGUGUUCUCAAACAGUGAUGAGGCCCUUAUUAACAAAAAACUUCCCAAAGAGCUUCUGCUCAGGAUUUUCUCCUACCUGGAUGUAGUUACAUUGUGCCGGUGUGCUCAAGUCUCCAAGGCUUGGAAUGUUCUCGCUUUAGAUGGAAGCAACUGGCAGAAGAUCGAUCUCUUCAACUUUCAGACGGAUAUUGAGGGACGUGUGGUGGAGAACAUCUCGAAGCGAUGUGGAGGCUUUUUGAGACAGCUCAGUCUUCGGGGUUGCCUCAGUGUGGGAGAUGCCUCCAUGAAGACUUUUGCACAGAACUGUCGCAACAUUGAACAUCUGAACCUCAACGGCUGCACCAAGAUCACGGACUCCACCUGCAUCAGCCUUAGCAAGUUCUGCUCCAAACUCCGUCACCUUGACCUGACCUCCUGCGUGUCCAUCACCAAUCAUGCACUUAAGGCCUUAAGUGAGGGCUGUCGUAUGUUGGAGAAUCUGAACCUGUCCUGGUGUGAUCAGAUCAUGAGUGAUGGCAUCGAGGCUCUCAGCCGUGGCUGCACAGCUCUCAGAGCUCUGUUUCUGAGAGGUUGCACACAGCUUGACGAUGCUGCACUGAAGCACCUUCAAAAGCACUGUCCUGAGCUCAUGACAAUCAACAUGCAAUCAUGCACCCAAAUCACAGAUGACGGCUUUGUGAGUUUGUGCCGGGGUUGUCACAAACUGCAGAUGGUCUGUGUGUCUGGAUGCAGCAACAUCACUGACGCUUCUCUGACUGCCCUCGGCCUCAACUGCCAACGGCUCAAGAUCCUGGAGGCUGCUCGCUGCUCACAUGUGACUGAUGCUGGUUUCACUGUUCUUGCCAGAAAUUGUCAUGAAAUGGAGAAGAUGGAUUUAGAGGAAUGUAUUUUGGUGACUGAUAACACUCUGGUUCAGCUCUCAAUCCACUGCCCUCGUCUGCAGGCGCUGAGCCUGUCACACUGUGAGUUGAUAACAGACGACGGGAUCAGACAUCUGAGCAGCAGUGUGUGUGGUCAGGAGCGUCUGCAGGUCGUGGAGUUGGACAACUGCCCCUUGAUCACAGACAUUACACUGGAACAUCUCAAGAGUUGCCAGCGUCUAGAACGCAUUGAGCUCUAUGACUGCCAGCAGGUCUCCCGCGCAGGCAUCAAACGAAUCCGGGCUCACCUUCCCGAGAUCAAAGUCCACGCUUACUUCGCCCCGGUCACACCACCUCCAUCAGUCCACGGAGGAGGCCAGCGUCUCUGCCGCUGCUGCGUCAUACUCUGACAGAAGGAGGAGCCUCUGGGAGACGCCAUAGAAAGUCAAGCUGUCAGUCAAGCUGUAAACUCCUCCCUGCCCCUGCUCCACACCACUAUGAGGCGCUGUGUGGGGUUGUGGCUACAGGAGGCAUGGCUUGUUCAACGAGCGUUUGCCUGGCAGCGUGAUUGACCUGAACAAAAAAACGCAAAAUAAAUACAAUGCAACGUGACAAAUACUACGUACAUACAAUACCACUUACCUGGAUGUACAAGGAGAAAAAUCAAGGAGCUACCAUGUAAAAUAUUUCAUUUUUGGAUAUAUAGAAAACGAAAUACUUAAAGCAUUAUGGAACUACUAAAUAUAGAAGGAAUUUUGUUUGAGGCAUUUUGAUGCCGUUUCGACGACUACACAGUGUUUACGUCCUGCUCCUCUUCCUCAACCAAUAGGAUUGCAUUCUAUUACGCUGAGAACAAAUAGAAAAAAACAGAAAACGAGCAGCAGGAUGGAAUUCUCUGGAGUUUUGUAGGAUACGCCUCCCGCCGAUUGAUCAUGUGACUUUCUCAAACCUGAGAGGUGGAAACUUUGAGCGUCUCUGUCUGGUUUUGCGCGCGCGUGUGUGUGUGUGAGAAUGUUAAAUAUAGAAAAUGAAAUAUAACACUACAACAAAUCAACCCACAUAAAAACUGGAGUACAAUGGUUUUUAUUUUCUGUUUGUGCUUACCGUAAUUUGGAGAGGACGAAAAAAAAUCACAGUUGAAAUCAUGUGAGCAGACGAGGGGAAGAGAACGACUGAGAUUGUGCAUGCAAGAUAAAGUCGAUUUUGCUCCAGUUGUGGAGUUACAAGUACGUCACAAUUGAUGUGAAUGUUCAAAUUUAGACAACAUGUGCUAAGGUUGGGGGGGAUAUUUUAGUUUCACAAUGUUUCAGUGCAAUAUUGAAAGCCCAGGCCAUGUGACAGGAUUUAGAAGAACACUCCUUAUUCAGGCAUUUCCUUAGUAUUCUCAAUCACUUCAUUUACUUCACUUCACUUCACUUCACUUCACUUUUCAUGUCAUUAAAGGGAAAGUCCACCCAAAAUAAAAAAUUCUGUCAUCAUUUAAGCUAUUUUGAAAAAUGUCUCUGCGUUUGGACCCCUUUCUGCUAAACAUUCUCUGUCUGUUGUAGUUCACAGUUCGAAACAACAUGAGGAUGAGUAAAUGAUGACUGUAUUUUCAUGUUGAUCUACAUCAGAUUUGAGCAUAAUAUGAUGCAAAAAUCAACAGUUGGAAUACGUCAAGGCAAAUAUAUCAAACUUAACCCAUGCAAUCUUGAUUUAAAUGGACAGUUCAGCCAAAAUGUUAGUGUCUGUUAUCUGCUCACCCUCAUUUUGCUUCAAAAACCUGACUUUUUUUGUGUGUGCAGCACAAAAUAUUAGUCUCUGUCAACAUACACUUUCAUUGUAUGGAUCAAGAUGCAAUGAAAAUGAGUUUCAUUCUAUCUGAAAUUUCCUUUUGUGUUUUGCAGGAUAAAGAAAUGUGGCUUUUGGUACAAAGUGAAUGAUAUUUUUGGGUGAACCAUCUUGUGCAUAAUACUGUUCAACAGGGAGUUGCGUAACAUUGCAUAUUUAAAAACAUGAGUCUUGCUGAUGAAAACAGCUGCUGAGUUGAUCAUGUAGUCAAUGGAAAAGGGUUUUUUUUUGUCGGUGUGAGUGCCUUUGAUUUUGCAACUAGAGGGAGGGGUGGGUUACACACAGAAAUGCUCGACUCAGGGCUGCCGUGAAGUUCAUCACAUUUUUUUCUCUUGUAUUUACCCAUAUUUAGCUGUUUUUUUACCAUUGGAUAUGAUGAUGUCAUUAUAUCAAUGCAUACACCAGUGAUUCCAGUAUUCUUUAUCUCAACCAUGGAACCACUUUAGAAGGCAAUGCUAAACCUGUCAAAGAAAGUGAUUUGUUAUUUUUAUUUUUAUUUUUUGUUGUUCUGUAACAGCUAAUCGGUUCCCCUCCUUUUCUCCCAUAUUUUUUUGACAAAGAUGAAACAAGUUACCUGAAUGUCCUUGUGUUCUGGUUGUUAAUGUGACAUUUCUUUAAAUAAAAGAUCUGAGCAGUGUGUCACA